CAGCGCUUCAACUUCAUUCUCUCCCCGUUGUCGCCGAAUGUUGCCGGAAUAUUUCAAAAUAAUGGACUUAGAUAUCGAAAGAAGUUAUAUUGUGAGUAACAUUGUAGUUCAGUUUUUAUUCAUAGUUAGUAGAAAACGAAUUAACUAAGUAAAAAUGCGAUUCAUUUGAUUGAACAUGAUUAAAAAUAACAAUCAUUCUUUGUAUACGAAUAAAGAUUAAUAUGAAAUGAAAUAAACUUGAUUUAUUAUUAGGUAUUAGUAUUAUAUAAUUAUACAUAGAUAGUAUAUAAGUAUACAAAGUAUAGCCCUAACUUGCUUUUCAACGAUCAUAAUUUAAAUUAGGCUAAUUAAAGAAAAGGUUACUCCAUAAAAUGCCUAUCAUAAUAAAUACAUGAUGAUAGUGAUAGACAUGAAUCAUGAUUAUUAAUUAUUUAUUAUUGAUGACAUAUCAAUGUUAAAGUUAAGCCUACCAACUACUAUCAACAAGGCUAUGCCUAGCCACUGCUUGCCUGCUGCGGGGGAAAGAGGUGGGAGGAGUGUCCGUCCCCGGCGGCCCUUCUAUAUUUCUGUGUAAUAUAAUUUAUAAUUAAUUUUGAUGAAGGGAGGCAUUUUCGGUCAACUGCAGAGGCUUUCAUAGGGGGGGGGGGUUGUCUCAGGGUGGCAUUGACCCUAGGCGCCCUAGAAUAGUCUAUAGUUAUAGUCAUAGACUGUAGCCUAAUAUUUAACUUUGAAAAUAUUACAUUCUACUACUACUUCCAGGACUAGGCUUAUACUAAUAUAAUAUAGUAUAGUCUAUAUACUAUAUGAUUAAUAUUACUGUUAUUAACAAGUGUUUGUUAGUAUACAUAAUUUAUAUACUAUAUAAUUCAAACAGCUUUGUUUGGCCUACCAGGAGUUUAAUAAGUUGCUUUGUACCGUGUCCUAAGCCUACUGUUAACUAUUAAUUAAUUACUACUAUCUUGUAAUCUAGACUUUCUAUACUAUAGAAUUUUAAUUUGUAAGAAUAUGAAUAAUUAAAUUAUUUAAAAUAAAAAUAAACCCUAUUCAUUAUGACCAUUAAUUUAUAAUAAAGGCAAAUAAACAAAAAACCCAUUAGUAGUAGCCUAAAUAACUCCUAUAAGAUGCAAUUAAGCUGGCCUUACCUUUAUUUACCAUCGCCUAGACAGCCCUUCUCAUCAGCAUUUAAUACUAUCCAACCACACCUUAUGUCAAAGUAUCUUUACUGGUUAGGUGUAAAUUUAAAUGAUCUUUUUAACAAAUUGCCCAGAAUAUGUGAAGGUAAAUGAACAAUUAUCUCUAUGCAGAGAAAUAAGCACCAGGGCGUCACAAGGCUGCGUUCUCUCCCCUGUACUGUAUACAAUAUAUACCAAUGAUAUUCAGAGCUCAAAGUGACACUGUUUCAAUCUUAAAAUUUGCUGAUGAUACCACCAUCAUUGGCUUGAUAUUUGAGGGAGAAGGCUUAUACCACAACUUAGUUACAAGCUUUAUCAAUUGGUGCGAUGAAAAUUUUCUCCAGCUGAAUUUUUCAAAAACAAAGGAAAUGGUUGUUGAUUUCAGGAGGGGGAAAAACACCAGAUUACAGAUCUCAAAAUAAAAAAUCAAAGUGCAGAGAAAGUAGAGGCAUAUAAGUUCUUAGGUGUCACCAUUAAUAAUAAGCUAACACUAACAAGGCAUGAGCACGGCCAAAUGCUGUAUAAGAAAUUGAACCAAAGAUUGUUCAACUAAAAAAACUGUACGAUUUCGUCGUAAAAAAACAAGUCGUUAACUUAUUCUUAAGUGCAACAAUUGGAAGCCUAGUUAAUUUCAAUAUCUGAUUGUGUGGGAAUUCAUCGUCUGAUAUUAAACACGGAAUAAACAGACUAAUCAAGAAAGCUAGAAAAAUAACACAAACCAAACAUCCUUCACUUGAAGAGCUAUUUGAAGGAAGAUGUUAUUGUAUAACUAAACAAAUUUUGGAUGAUACAUCCCACCCUCUUCAUCACAGAUACUCAGAAACGGCCCGUUUGGGAUUAAUUCUUUCUCUUAGUGCGAGGACUGAAAGAUAUAAAAAUUCUUUUGUUCCCCAAUCUGUACAAAUUUACCAGUCACAAAUCUUUAUGAGAACCAAUAAUUCCCUGAAAUGGCUAAGAGAAUUUACUGAAUGGCUGUUUUUUUCACUAGUGAAAUAAUUUAAUGUAGAUGUCUUGAGUUCAAAUUUUUUUAUUAAUGUGCUGAAAAUGUACAAUGCAAUCAAAAAAACAUUUCCAAUUGUUUGUAUCAAUAAAAGAAUCUUAUCUUAUUUUUAGACUCAAAUCUAAUUAUAAUAACAAAUAGUUAAAUAGCCUAUGUCUGUGUAAGCCUUCUCUGAUUCUUUCUAAAUUUUAACAUUAAAAUUUACUUAGUUAGCCAUGAAAGUAAUUAUAAAGAGGGCUAAAACUAGGCAUUACCAAGUGACAAUGUAGAAUAGUAUCUUAAACUGAUGAUAAUGUAUAUAUAGGCUAUCAUUUUGACCAUAAAGAUUCAAUGCAAUGAGUAAAAAGUGUUAUGAGCUUUAUUUUUUAGCUCCAUGAAAAUUUUGUCUUGGCAAAGGACGUUAAUGAUACUAAGGUUGUCUCAUAACACAAAUUAAAAAAAAAAACACAAAUUUCUCCAAUGUUUGUCAUUGUCAAUUAUCCCUUAACAUCAUCUGACACAGGAAGCUGUGAACACUUUGAACUCCAAACUUCUCUCCUUGCGAGGCUGGCAUGAACAGUGCAGCCGACUUAAAUAUGAGGGCAAGAUGGACCUCAUCAUUCCAAUGGUCAAUAAAUUCAUCCACAGAUCGGGCCUCACGGUAAGCUGUGGAAACACAUUUUUGUAUAACCUUUACUUUAACUAUGUACAUUUUGCUCAUUUGAAUUCCUCACUAAUUCAGGCAUUUUUUUAUGUUAUUUAAUUUACUGUUAGGGUUGCACCAAUUCAAAAGCCUAAGCAAAAUGGCAAAUGACCUUCAAUGUAUCAUCAUGUCUGAUCAGCAUCAGAUUAUUUUCCAUAUGAAGACAUAAUUAUGUCAAAUUUUACAGAAGAUAAAAACAUAACAUUUUAUGAAUUUUACUUAUAAUUUUUAUGUUUGGAAAAGUGUCAUAUUCAUAUUGCUGUAAAAUCACUGCUUCAACCAGGGGUGUAAAUAUGUUUAGAAAAUCAAAUGCAAUAUAAAAAAAAUACACAGGAAGCUGUGAAUAUUUUGUUUCUUGUUUUAAUCCUUUGUCUCCCAUACUUUUCAUGCUCCAGCUACUGUGUCUCAAGAUAUUGAAUUGAUAAACAAAAAAAAUGACCAAUUAAUCCUACAAUACUGUCAAAGGACCAUGGCAAACAAACCUUGCUUGUACUUGGGGCAAAGACUGAAUUUAGGCGCCUUCUUCCCCAAAGGCAUAUAUUAAAAUACAUAAAUCUUCAUUUUUGGUGCCAUAUGAAGAUGCCCCCCCCCCCCCCCCCCACCCCCCAACAGCCCAAAUGGUUUAAAAAAUUUAUAAAAUGACAGGUUACUAAUUAUCUGUUGAUGAAUUGAUGCAACCCUUUCAAGUUAUUUUACUACUAAAUUAAUUUUUAUUUAAAGAAUCAUAUUGAUGCUUUUGACUUCACAUUGAUUAUACACAGUUCAUAACAAUUUACAUUUAUAUUUUGUGAUGAGAAUAUUAGAAUCAAUUUUUGAGAAGUAAAAAAAAUGAGUAAUGUAACUUUCAAAAGAAUUAUUGAAUUAUUUUUUUGCAAAUAUCAAGUAGAACACAGCAUACCUUAAAGCUCAAUUGUCAAUGAUAUCACAAACUGUAUGUCUGAAAAGGCUUUAAAAAUAAAUGGAAAAAAAUUAUUGUGAAAUAAUUAGAGAAUUGCUUCAUUGUAAUAUCUUAUUGUGUGAUAACUUCAGCUAGUAAUAUCUCAUGGUAUGAUAACUUCAGCAAGUAAUUUAGCAAUGUUUGCCCAUCAGUUAAUUUUUAUAGAAAAGAUCCAUCAUGCUAAAUUUAAAUGAAUUAAAUUACAAAACAUUGUAUAAAUUUGUCAUGGCUUUAAUUUGAUCUAUUUUGGAAUCUAUUCUUAAACUUUUUGAGGCUGGAUUAUUCAUUGAUUAAUUCUAUACAUUUUAUAGGGGGUUAAUCAGAGGAACAUGUAAGGGGGUUAUCAGCGGAACAUAUAAUAUAAGGGAAUCUGUUAUAGUGUCACCAGUGGAACAUAUUAGGGUGUCAUAUGGACAUAUGUAUAAGUAUAUGUAUAUGUAUAAGGUCAUAUGUACAUGUACGGGGUUGUUGCUGGGGUCGCUCAUUGUAAAAUAUAAUGGGAGUGUGACAUGAGUCAUCAGAUGAACAUGAAAGGGGGUCUGUCAUAGAUAGGGCCAUCAGUUGUAAAAAUUAGUGUUAUUUUAGAGUCUAUUAAAAUGGGUUUAGGGUCAUCAAUCCUUUUAGUAUACUAAGUAACCGGUACAGUUCUAGGGUCAUAGUGAAUUAAAAGCCAUAAAGCCUUUGUAUACUCUCACUGUUUGUUUACAUUUUCAACAGUUGCGCCUUUGAAGAUCAUUUUUUUUUUUUUUUUAAAUCCCCUGAAAAUGUGCUAUGACUCGGAAUGUUUUUAACUUGUAUCUAUGAUGUUUUUUCCCUCUGUCCAUGUUGUUUACCCCUCCGUUUCUUUGUGUGAAUUAAAAGCCAUAAAGUCUUUGUAUUCUUUUACUUUUUGUUUAUAUUUUAAACAGUUGCGCCUUUGAAGAUCAUUUUUUUUUUUUUUUUAAAUCCCCUGAAAAUGUGCUAUGACUCGGAAUGUUUUUAACUUGUAUCUAUGAUGUUUUUUCCCUCUGUCCAUGAUGUUUACCCCUCCGUUUCCUUGAGCCCUGGUAAGUAUCAGGAGGAAACUUGUUUGACUGAAGUUGGUUUGCUUAUGUCAUUGUCUACUCUCACAGAGCCACCAGGGGGCAAACUUAACCUUUCUCUUUUAUUAUGAUGUGGAGCCCCAGGCAGCAAGUGGCUUCAUGGGUACUCUGAUGGACCUCUGAACAUAGCCAAACCUACUAGUCAAUGCUGGUGGUGCUAUAGUGUGCAGCGAUGGCCAUAGCAUAUAUAUGGUCUCUAUUACCAGAUUUGUCCAACAUAGCAAGUAAUAUUAUUUCUCAGUCUAUUAACCACAAAGUAAAAAAAAAAAUGGGCAUGAGUAGAUAUUUACAUGUAAAGUAGAUAUGCCCAGAAAUGUGUUAGUAUUCAAGCUAUAUAAUGCCCACUAAUGCUAUUUCUCAAAUUCUGUUAUAGAAAAAAAUUACAACUUUGGGCUAUUAGUAGACAUUUACAUGUAAAGUAGACAUGCCCAGAAUUUUCAGCCUGGUAUUAUACAUAGAUUUAUAUUUUUGAGAAGAUAUUCAUGUCCAAAGAUUAUGUGAAACUGUCCAUUAUUUUGUCUAGAGUUUUAGAGAUAGAAAUAAAUGUUCAGUCUAUCAAUGUUCAUUUUUGAAAGAAAUCCCGGGACUGAUUUAUUCAAGGAAAUAUGGGGAGUACUGCUUUACUAGAGAAAUAUGAGGAGUACUGCUUACUUUACUAGAGAAAAAUGGAGAGUACUGCUUACUUUACUAGAGAAAAAUGGAGAGUACUGCUUACUUUACUAGAGAAAUACAUGGAGUAGGCCUACCGGUACUGCUUGCUUUACUAGAGAAGGUUAUAGGGCCUAUAUUAGAUUAUGUGCUAUGUAUGGUAAUGACCCUUAAAAGAGUUAUGUGGAGCAAAUAUUAAGCCGACUGUUAUUCCAAGGUAAUUAAAUUAGUGUUGAGAAAGUGUUAUCAGUUUCCCUGCCCCAUUUUUACUGUGGGCCUAUGUGUUCAGCUCAGUAGUUUACUCGGCCUGUGUAGAUCGGAUGCAAUGAUUUACACGGCCCAACUGUAAGGACGCGUUAGUUACACCUCACUCACAUGUUUAGGGAAAGGUGUCAAAUGUUACCAAGGCUAUAGACGAGUAAUUACUCUCAUCCAAGAAGGUUUUUAAAAAAUACAUGAUUUCUAAACAGUGCCAUCAUAUAAUAUCAAUAUCAGUAUCAACAAACAUACUUUAGCAUUAACGCCAGCAGCCUGCGGUAUGAUGGUUUCACUUUAUUUUUAACGGCAUCCUUGAAAAAAUAGACAAUAAAAAAUAGAAAAGACAAUUUCCUAUUUAAAGCCGUUGUCGUAAAUGUUGUCAAUUCCCCACUAGACAAAGACUGCCGCUGGGACAGGUGCUAGGCCAACCAUACCAUUAUUGUUCUCAACCCCAUCUCGUUUUUAAGUCUGGCGUCCGUGACCUCCCUCGGCCCUAAAUUUUGUUUAUAUUGUGACCUACAUCCCAGUUGACGAGUCGUACUGCGAUGCUGCUAUCAGGCCGUAUUUUUGGGGAACAUGUUACAACAACAAUGCUGUCUGUGCGUACUCGCUUUGUUUAUCCAGCAUCAAUAUUAGAUGGCAUGUGGUGGCAGCUAACAAAAAAACCUGGCUUGUUUAACACUCUUAGUUUGUGCGAACACGCUAACCAGCUAUCGACCCGGUGGUUCAUUGCUUACGCAUUGCUGUUGGAAUCAUUGGAUCUUUGGUUAACACAAAAAAAUUUCGCUCCCAUUCCCUACGCCAGGCGGUAUUUUAAGUCCAGUUAUAUUUCAGCCGUAGACAGUAUGGAGGGAGGGGGGGGGGUUGUGUUGUAGAGAGCACGCGCGAAAUUCUCGCGCUAUCGACCGGGUCUCAUGUUGGCUUGACAAGACUGAGCGAACCAGCGAGGAAGAAAAGUUCAUCUGUUUCUGGGAUCGAUAGCCCGAACCGUCCACGACCGGCUCUUUUCAGUACAGCUGUCCGUCGGCUAUUCUAUCGAGGGACAGCUGUCUGUCGGCUAUUCAGCCUAUUCUAAAUCUAGGUACAGCUGUCCGUCGGCUAUUCUAUUCUAAUAUCUAGGUACAGCUGUCUGUCGGCUAUUCUAACAUCUAGGUACAUGUGUCUAUCGGCUAUUCUAAAUCUAGGUACAGCUGUCUAUCAGCUAUUCUAAAGUCUAAGUACAGCUGUAUGUCGACUAUUCUUAAUCUAGGUACAGCUGUUUGUCGGCUAUUCUAAAUCUAGGGACAGGUGUCUGUCGGCUAUUCUAUUCUAAUAUCUAGGUACAGCUGUCUGUCGGCUAUUCUAAAUCUAGGGACAGCUGUCCGUCGGCUAUUCUAAUAUCUAGGGACAGCUGUCCGUCGGCUAUUCUAUUCUAAUAUCUAGGGAAAGCUGUCUGUCGGCUAUUUUAAUAUCUAGGUACAGCUGUCUGUCGGAUAUUCUAACAUCUAGGUACAUGUGUCUGUCGGCUAUUCUAAAUCUAGGGACAGCUGUCUAUCAGCUAUUCUAAAAUCUAAGUACAGCUGUAUGUCGACUAUUCUUAAUCUAGGUACAGCUGUUUGUCGGCUAUUCUAAAUCUAGGGACAGUUGUCUGUCGGCUAUUCUAAUAUCUAGGUACAGCUGUCUGUCGGCUAUUCUAACAUCUAGGUCAGCUGUUCUCAACCUGUGGGUUGCGACCCCUUUGGGUGUCGCGGGACCCUUUUGCAGGGGUCGCCUAAGACCAUCUGAAAAUACAUAUCCAUACAGCUAUGAAGUAACAACGAAAAUAAUUGUGUGGCUGGUGGUCGCCACGACACGAGAAACUGUUAAAAGGUCGCAGCACUAAAAAGGUUGAGAACCACUGAUCUAAGCACAGGUGUCUGUCGGUAUUCUAAAUCUAGGGACAGCUGUCCGUCGGCUAUUCUAAAUCUAGGGACAGCUGUCCGUCGGCUAUUCUAAAUCUAGGGACAGCUGUCUGUCGGCUAUUCUAAUAUCUAGGUACAGCUGUCUGUCGGCUAUUCUAAAUCUAGGGACAGCUGUCCGUGGCUAUUCUAAUAUCUAGGUACAGCUGUCUGUCGGCUAUUCUAAUAUCUAGGUACAGGUGUCUGUCGGCUAUUCUAAAUCUAGGGACAGCUGUCCGUCGGCUACUCUAAUAUCUAGGGACAGCUGUCUGUCUGCUACUGUCUGCUAUUCUAAUAUCUAGGUACAGUUGUCUGUCGGCUAUUCUAAUAUCUAGGUCUAAUUGUACCAGGGUGCGAAUGGCGGCGCUGCGUGUCUGGGUCCAUUUUGACUCAUUGGUAUUCGGAUGUCAUUUGUGGUAGUUUAUUUUAGUUAAACUGAAGAAUUAAGUUUACAAACAUAUAGUCCAUUCAAUUAUCUUUCAUUUGAUACCUCAUUUUGUCUUACAAACCCAACAAUAAAAUUAUAAAUAGUUUUUUAAUCCCAACCUAUCACUUCUGGUACCCGGGUACGAAUAGCCACAUAUAUAUAUAUAUAUAUAUAUAUAUAUAUAUAUAUAAUUACAGGCCUAAUUUAAUCUUGAAUGUAGACAAACAUCCCCCCCCCCCCCCCGUAGAGGGGAUUUCAUCCAUCAUCAAGAGCUUGCUACAGUCCCUAUAAAUAUAGGAUAGAUUUUAUUGGGGGAUGAUAGAUCACCUUAAAAAGUGCUGCUGUGUGUGCUUUGGGGUGGGGGUGUGUACUUCAUUGGUAAAGAUCUUGAAAGCACCAUCAUCGUGUAAAUAAUUUCCAGAAUAUAAGUGUGAAAGAUAGAGGAAGGGCAUUUCCUAUGUUGUUUAAAAAUAAUUAGAUACCUUGAUUUGUAAUAGCUAACAUAUUGAAUCAUUUAAAUCAUCUCAUAGAAGUUUUUGUUUUGAACAAUGCUAAAAUAUUUAUUAAGAUUGAAUGUUCUAUCACUAUUGAUUUAUGUAAAAUGAGCAAAAUACCUAGUAAAAAACCAGGCAGUUCUAGAGUGUUACAUUCAGAGAUUGGUUUCAUUUAGCGGUAGCCAACAUAUAAAUGCUGACUUUUUUUUCUUCAAAUCUUGUCAUUAUUUCCUUGUCCAGGAUGAUGAGGUGGACAAGCUUUGCAUGAUCCACAUCACAGGGACCAAAGGCAAAGGUUCCACAAGCGCCUUCACUGAGAGCAUCCUGCGUCAACAUGGCCACCGGACCGGCCUCUUUACCUCGCCCCAUUUAGUGGAGGUGCGGGAGAGAAUCCGCAUCAAUGGCCGGCCUCUUAGUAAAGCCAAGUAUUGCCAUUACUUCUGGAAGGUGUACAAUAAGCUUAAGGAAACUGAGGAGGUGAAUAAACAGCUGUAGAAAUUAGACAAGCUACUUAACUUCAUUUUUUUUUUUUUUUUUUUUUUUUUUUUUUUUUGUUUUUUUGUUUUUUUUUUUUUUUUUUUUUUUUUUUUUUUGUGUUGUUGUUGUUGUUGUUGUUGUUGUGCUACUUGGAAAAAGCGGGAAUGAUAAUAUUAUUAAAGAUCAGGCUUUUUAGGGAAGUAGUGGAAAUAUAACUUGAAUUUCUGCCCCAUCAGGAGGAUGCCCCCAUAGAGGAAGGGAGAGCAAUGCCUGCUUACUUUGCUUUCAACGUGGUCUUGUCCCUUCAUAUCUUUCUCAAUGAGGGUGUGGAUGUGGCCAUCAUGGAGGUUGGAAUAGGUGGUCUCACUGACAGUACCAACUUUAUUCGCAAUCCUGUGGCUUGCGCCAUCACUUCUCUGGGUCUGGAGCAUACUGAUGAUCUGGGCGAUACAAUUGAAUCAAUUGCCUUUCAGAAGUCUGGGAUUUUUAAAGUGAGUCAUUUUAACAAGUCGUUACUUUUAAUUCCCCCUUGUACAAACUUUAAAUACACUUUUAUAGAAAUACAAUUUAUUAGCUAAAAUCAAGGGAAGUAAGAAGGCAUGCCAAAGAAUGUGAAUGUUUGAGUUACACCCCCCCCCCCCCUCUUGAUUUCUACAGAUGCAUCGUCCAGCCCUAAGUGCCCCUCAGAGUGACUCAGCCAUGCAGGUGAUUCUGAAACGGGCUCAGGAUAUGCAGGUAACUUUCAAACUACAUCUAACAAUAAGCUUGUUUCCAGCUGGUCCAUGUUUUGUGUGAUGUGAUCACCUGACAUUAAGUAAAUACAUUCACCAUUGACUUUAGGAGACAUUGUGACAUGUUAGUGGAUUCCUAUGUAUCAUGAAACGUGCAAACUGCCUCAGUAAAUAAAAGAAGAAAAACCAAUUUUCCAUCCGGCAGUGCCCCCUGUAUGUCGUGAAUCCUUUGUCAGAGGAGGUUUUGAAAGAAUACAAGUUCAGUCUGAGUAUCGCUGGAGAUAAACAGAGGCAUAAUGCUGCUUUAGCCAUCGAGUUGUUCCACAUUUGGGAAGAAUAUCAGCAGAAAAGUGAGUGGAAAGCAGCACGGUUAUUAUCUUACACUGACUAAAGUUUUCUAAGGCACAACUUUUGUGUGGGGGCGCUAUUGUCUUUUGAUCAUUUUUACAAAUUUGUUUCAGAAGAUGAUGAAUGUUGGUUGCUCAUAUUUCCUAACCCUUUUUUUUUUGUGGUCAUUUUAUUACAGAAGAACGGUCGAGUGUGACCAGUGAGACUACUGUGUCAGAUAUCCCAAGGGUUACCUGUACUGAACUAGAUGAUGCUACAUUGUUUCAGAAGAUGAUGAAUGUUGGUUGCUCAUAUUUCCUAACCCUUUUUUUUUUUUUUUUGUGGUCAUUUUAUUACAGAAGAACGGUCGAGUGUGACCAGUGAGACUACUGUGUCAGAUAUCCCAAGGGUUACCUGUACUGAACUAGAUGAUGCUACAAUCAAAGGACUGUCCACUUGUAAAUGGCCAGGAAGGGCUCAGGUUAUAAAGAGAGAAGCAAUCACUUACUACAUAGAUGGGGCCCACACAAAGGAAAGCAUGGAGGUAUUCUAGGAUUUAUUCAAAUGGAUUUUUUUUUUCAAGAUUAAUUUUAUUCAUGCAACAUUCCCCCCCUCUCUUUCAAUUACUGGUAAUCAAAAGUUCAAAAGUUUAAGUCUUAUUAGAUGUAUGACAUUUUCAGCUAGAAAUAACAUUUCAUAAAUGAUUUUAAAAUGUUCAGUUCUAAAUGAAAUGUCCUUCAAUAUCCUUCAUCUUUUUCCUACGGUCAGCCGACCUUUAACACUCUUGAAUACAGACUGAUACUUCUGUCCUGGUAUUAAGUCUUAAUUUUGUUCCAUUUGCUGUCAAUCUCUUUUUUUUAAUAACUUUGUGAUUAUAUAGUAAUAAAUAUAAAAACUUCUAAAUUUGGAAAUAUCGUUUUUUCAAUAAGCGAUUAUGAAUUUGAUGUUCCACAAAUGGGGGGUCCAUUGACUGGCACCAGUCCGUGAGCCUUACUAUGCAGACCAGCACAAAAUUUAUUUUUAUAAUUAAAAUGGUCAAAUAAAUAGGGAAUUUUAAUUCAUAAAUCUGGCACCAGUCCCUGUUGCGGUUUCUAAACUUGUUCACCGAACUUAAAAGUUUGGGAAAUGCUGAGCCAAACAGUAUUUUCUAUUUAAGUUUAUUCUAUUUUUAUUCUUUUCAUUGAUAUGCCUUGUAGUAUGUUUAAAAACAAUUAUUACCGGUAACUUUUAACUUUGAGUUCAAAAUUUGCUUUCAUUAUUAACAGCUCUUUGUAUUUUUGUAUAUCAUCAGCUGUGUUCCUCUUGGUUCUCUGAAACUGCUGACCAGGAGAGGGCAAGUCUUGGUGGAAAAGUUGUCAGAGUCUUGAUUUUUUUCACAGCACCUGAAAGAGAUCCUGAGCUUCUGGUGUAUCCUUUGAGGGUCAGUGCUAAGUCCAAACUUAAACAAUCCUUCCUAUAUCAGGUUUAAUUAUAAAGACUUGCUAAUAGAGUAAUAGACAAGUUGUUGGAUUUUAACCUAGUUCUAAGAAAUGUUUCUGUUCCCUUUUCAGAAUUGUGACUUUGAUGCUGCUGUUUUCUGUCCCUUUAUUGUGUCCACUGUUGAGUCUCAAUGCAGGCCAGGUAAAUUCUUCUCUUACAUCUAUCAAUUAGGCCUGUGAGCCUGGUCAUUCUUUUACUCUUUAACAAGUUUUACUAUUACCUUGAGUAAAUCUGGAAUUAAUUUCAUCACUUUUGUAAUGCUUAACCUUAGUUUGUCCAUUAGACUCCUAUUAUAAUUCCGGGUCUGCUUUAACUCUGUGCAGUCUGACAUUUUUUUGUCUUCAAUUUUGUUAAAAAUCUUAAGGUGAUUUUUUUUUUUUUGUUGUGAUUAAAUAUCUCAGUUAUAUAUAUUAACUUGUUCCAUUUGAAUGGGAUAUAAUUAUAUAUUUUUGUAUAUUUUAUUUACUUGGUUAUAAAAAAUACAUAAAACAAUAUUGUGUAUAUUUUGUUUCAUUACAAGUGUGUUUUGACAAUUUCACACAGUAUGCAGGGGAAAAAACUCCUUGUUAUAAAAGAUUUUGAAUUUAUUUUAAGAAAAUUCUUUAUCUUCUGAUACAAACCAUAGUCUGAACAACAUUCUAUGAAGAAUAUGAAAAAAAAAGUUUUCAAUUUUUUUAGCACAUACUAUAUCUUUUCAAUAUUUUCUAAAAAUGCAAUGUACAAAUUUUAUUUAAUAAAAAUAAUGGACUAAAUAAUUUGUUUAAAAAUUGGCCUCAUAGAUAGUUCUGAAUAAUAUAAUUCUUAAGUAAAAAAAUAACUAAUUACAUUUUGAUGAUAAUCAUAUAAAUAAUUCAAAACCAGAAUCUUUUUAUAUAUUUUAAAAUAUCGUUAAUUCCUAAACUUAUUAGUAACUAAAUUAUAAUGAGUCCAUACAUUCUUGUUGAAUUCGAUAUUAUUUUCCAGUACUGUGCAUUUCUCUUGAAUCUGAUCUAUCUUCUCCCCAUAUAUUCCUAUAUAUCUUUGCUAUAAUAUCCAACUAACACAGGCCGACAAGCUUGCCUAAAUUAUAUUUAUGCACACUGAACAAAUAUUAUUUCUUAAAAAAUAGUAUGCAUUUUUGUUAUAAUAGAUAAAUAAGAGCUUGUACUGGACAUAAGAAUAGGUAACCUGUUACUUCAUCUCUGAAUAUUCACUCUAAAAAGAAGCUGUGAAAUAAAAAUUUGAUGGAUUUAUAAAUAAAAUUAACACUAAUGGUAUGCUACCAGCAUAUAAAAUACUAUUUGUCAUAGUCCAUAUCCAUGCACAUAGAAAAUAAAUAACAUAUAAUUAAUAUUAAAAUAAUGUGACAUAAUUUUUUAUUGUGAAUUUUAAAGCCAGGGAAUGGCAAUUAAAAUCAAGUUAACUCGUUUACGAUAGUAUUAGGCGGCACGUUUAUAAGCAAAUCGGGAUAAAUUCUAUGAACAGUCUCCAUCUGAGUAUAUUUCUUCAGAAAAACAAAUAACUCCAUAAAUCGCAAAAUUAAAAUCAUUUGUCAAUAUUAAUACACUGUAUUAGUAAUUAAUUUUUCUGUGACAGAAAGAGUAACAUUUUAUUUUCCAGAAAUCCAUGUUGUUUUCAAAGGCUGCUCCAUGCAGAAUAAGUUUCCAAUAAUUAUUUUUAAAUAGUAAUUUAACAUAAUUUUGUAAUAUGAGAUCUUAACCAAGGAAAAAAAAUUAUUAAAAUAAAAUUACUUUUAAAAAUAAAAAUUACUUUAAUAGAAAUUAAUCAUCCACCAAUAAAGCCAAUGUUAAUUAUAUAUUUCAUUCCUCUAUAGUCGGACUGCAGGGUGUUAAACAGAAUUUGUAUUUCAGGUUGAAGUCCUCUGCAUUUAGUUGUUUUUUUUGUGUGUGCCCCAAGUGAACUAAGACUUGUUACGUAGAGUUUAUGAGUUGUAAUUCUGUUUCAGAUCUACAACUGAAGAAACUUGACCCCAAAGUUCAGAUUGAGACAAUAGAAAGAAAUAAACUGGCCUGGGACAAGCUGGUGGCCAACACCCAGAGAGAGAGGAAUAAUUUGCGCCUGUUGAAGGCUGGCUGGCCAGUUGAAAAAAUUCUGCAAACUGGUGCCCAUAAGCCCCGACUGAGCUCUAGCGAUGGGGACAGCAGUGAGAAAUCUUCUGUCAUCUCUGCAUCAACGGCAGAGUCUGACAGGAGUGAUCUCGUGUCCAUUGCCAGCAGUGACAAGAUGUCUGUUGAGAGUAGUGAGGACGCAGAUGGAUCUGAUGGAUCUCUCUCCAACACUGACCUUUUACCUGUUGGAGAUAUGCUGAACUAUGUCAUCGAACCAAGCCUCAUCCUCAACGCCAACCUGCUGGGUGAAGUGGAUAACAUGAAAACUAUGAUCCAUGACAACAAUGUUGCUCUUAGCAAAUUGUCAACCAGUGACAUAUCCAACAGUUUCAAUGAACAGAUGUCUUUAAUAUUCCCCUGUAUUAUAGAAGCCCUACACUGGGCAGGCCAAGGUCGGGAUGAAACCGUUAGGGUGCUGGACCCACAAGCCCUUCCUCAUGCUAUCCCCUCAUGCCUGCAAGAUGCCACUCACAUCCAGAUCCUGACCACAGGAAGUCUCAACUUCGUCGGGGGCGUGCUGGAUGUGCUGACCUCGAUCAGCGGAGAUGUCUAUUCUUAAAUUAUUUUUAUUGCCAUGGGUUUUAUGACCAAGUUGAAUUUGUUGUACAAUGAAGAUAUUUUUUUGCUUGCUCCAAAUACAUAGGUAUUUCACCUUUUUAGCUCAAAUUUUGAACAUUUAUUUAAGAGGACAAAACAGUGCUACAUAAUGUUAUGUAAUGUAAUGGUUAAAGAUGGACUGACACUUUUGUCUACAUUAACACGAGAAGUAAGAACAAUAUUUUUUUCUUUUAAAUACACAUACACCUAGCAUCAGUUUUUGACCAUAUAGCAUGAUGAGAUUGUUUUUCCCUCUCAGUAAUUCCAUGUCUCAACGAUGGACCACAAGUAUUAUCACAUCUUUCCAUUCAGCAUUUUAAAUUAAUUUUCAAAUUAUUUUUUCAUGUUUAAAAAAGAAAAGCAUGCAAUUUAUCACAUUACAUUUUUGAAAGAAAUGUUAACAUUUAUUAAUUAUGAUCUUAUGUUUUGAAAUCUCUAUGGUAAUUUUAACAAAAAAUGGAUUGUAAUCAAAUAUAUUAGGUAAUGUUCUAAGUAGGGGUGGACUGUUUCCUAAGUAAAAAAUGUGGCAAGGGUGGAUUGGUAACUAAAAUUAAAUACUGUUGAUGGAAUAUGUUGUAAGUUCAAAAUUUUAGAUAAAAGAAUGUCUGCUAGGGUGUGUGAGUAUCUGAGCUGACUGAUGUUUGGUGUGCACCACCUCAGGUCAGCUGGAAGUGUGUGCAUUGUUCGGUGUGCACCAGGGGGUUCAAGUGCAAUGAUAAUAUUUUUAACUCUGGUCUAUUAUGGCACAGUCCCAUGUUGUUAAAUUGGAGAAUAACGUUAGAAGCUUUAAAUGAUUCAUGAAAUGUAAAUGAAGAUUAACAUUUUACACUGCUGGCUUAUCAUUUGACUUGUUUCUCAGUUAAUGCAUUAAUAAUUUCCCAAUUGAGAGUGUUCAUGUACUGGGUAUAGAUUUAGCUGGAUAAAGUUUUAGUUUAUACCCUAUUGAAGGGGAAUCGAUGGAUAAACUCUAUUCAAGUUUUUAAGUACUGUUAGAUUAGUACAGCACCAAACUCUUUAUGACAUUAAUUAUAUAAAUAUAGCUAGGGGUAACUGAGCACUUGUCUCUCAACCUUCCAUUUGAUGAGUCUUCAACAGCACCGUCUGCUUGCUGCACCAGGCUUCCACUCCAGUGUUGAGGCAAGCAUUAUUACUUUGAAUUGUAUCAUUGACUGCUUGAUGAAAGUAGUUAAACCCAGUGACAAAUCCAGCACUGCUUGCCUGGUUCAUGUUGUUUAACAGGCUAACAUCGAUAAAAGAUACACAUUGCUUGAACCCAUGCUUUCCUUCACCUGAUGUUGUCCAAAUUAUUCCGAGAUCAUUCGGCAAUUCUAACUGCUGCAGCUUUUUACAUGUUAAUUAUUUGUGGACAUUUUGUUGCUGCUACAAGUUUAUCCUCUUUGCCUUUAAGCAUACAACAGACUUGCGGCCAGUGUUUCUUAAUCUGUGUGCCGCCAAAGCCAUCCAAGUGAGCCACUACCAUUGUGUGACAAACUUAAUGAUAUUUAUAUUUAUUUAUCUCAUAAUUCAAUAGCAACAGUUUAAAUUAAAGGCUUCGACAAAUAAACAGUGCUGUAAGUCUUGAACUUACAAAAUUUGAACGUGCGGAUGCCUAGUUUGAAAAUCAUAGUUUUAAUAGAACGUGAAAGUUGUAAAUCUGAGACCAACGGUGAAAAAUGAAUGUUGAUGACAGUUAAAGUAAAAAGUUUUUUGUUGUUUUUAACCAUGUGUUUCUGUGCUUUAAUUUGUAAAUAUGAAACCUCAACUUGAAGCUAAGACCAAACACUAACUAGGUGCUAAAACUGAACAAACAACUGCAAUAAAGAAAUGUUUAUGUUGGAAAUUUCAGUAGUGCUAAAAUUAUUUUUAUAGCUUUACUGUCACAGCACAGCCAAGUUUUUAUUAUUCACAAAAUUUUACUUUAAUCACUUCAGAAUUAAUAUUGAAAAUCUCUUCAAUCCUACUUGUAUUUUAAUCAAAAUAACAUUUGAAUCCAGUUUUUCUUUGAAUAUUGCUAGCUUUUUGAGUCUUUCCAUUGACAAAGUUUGUUUGAUGUUCCUACUGCUUUGUACAUUGUGAGCUGUUCCACGCCAACAUUGAACACUUUUAUUAAACCUAAGAAGAAUAGUGUUGACUCAAC